AUGCUUCGCGCCACUAUUCCUGCUCGCGGCACGCUUGUAAAGAUCGGGCGCGGCCCGAGCAACGUAACGGAGUCGGCCAGCAAUGCCCUUCUCGAGUCCCUGCAGGACCACGGUUAUUGUUAUAUUCAGCACCCUUUCAUACAGAAGACCAUCUUCGACCAGCUGCACCGUGAUUGCCGCAUCUUCUUCGAGCAGUAUGUCCUGCACCUGCGCGACGCCGCCGCCCAGGGCAACCUGAAGCGCAACAACCUUCACAACUACAACUGCACUCAGCUCUCUCCAUACGAACUGGAGAGUAUCAAGUCCCCGAGUGGAUUCCGCGGCUACUACCGCUACGUCGGCGCGAGCGGUAUCGACGACGCCAUCGAGUGCUUCUCCAUCGGCCGCGACGACGUGACUGACCCAGCGGUGCUGCGGCGUGACUACUACAAGCAAGCUGGUUGGGAAGAGAGUGAGUACCUGAGCAUGAUUAGCCGUCGCAACCCGUGGGACAUCUUGCUGAACCACGUCAACUCAACCCCCACAGUCGGCAACAGCCUCAGCCCGGGCAUGGGCCGCAACGACAACUUCAUGUCCGACUUCAAGGACAUGAUGAUAGCCUACUACGACCUCUGCUACACGGUGAGCAUGGACGUGAUGCGGCACAUCAGCUGCGGUCUCGGUAUCCGUCCCUCCAUCCCGCAAGGCGGGCCGGACCCCGCGACGGACUUCGAGCUGGAGUACUUCACGUCGUUCCACCAGAAGCGCGACUGCGACUUGCAAGCCAAGUACUACCCGCGGCUUGGGGAAGGGGUGCGACUCAAAAAUGGCGUCAGCAUUCAAAACCAACGAUCAGCGCACAACCCGGACGGCGUGAAAGUGCUGCGGCGCAAGGGGGCCAAAAUGCAGCCGCUGGUGAGGACUGGGAAUACCGAGGACAGCAACGAUGACAAGGACGUGACGGUGCGCCUCGACACGCACAAAGACCUCAGCACCAUCACCCUGCUCUCCCAGGACUCGCUUGGGGGACUGGAGGUGUGGGACGAGGAGAAGGGCUCCUACACGGCUGUCCCGGUGCUUGAGGACGCGCUUCUUGUGAACGCUGGCUUGUUCCUGGAGAAGUGGACAGGCGGCCUCAUCGAGGCAACUCCCCAUCGUGUGCGCAACGCCAAGGGCAGCAGCAGCCGCUGCAGCAUCGUCUUCUUUGCUCUGCCUGACCACGAUGCCCGCAUUGAGCCGCUCCUGCAGCAGGAGGACAAUCCGGCUGUGGAUGCGCAGGACAGCUUCCUUGCAGGUGACAUGAUGCCCUCUCCCUAA